AUGAAUAGACUAAAACCUUUUAAGAACCACAUCAGGUUCAAGGCCAAUUUAUGGUUGGCUGGUACGAAUAGACUUUUCAGUACUCCACCAACCAUAAUACAGGAGAAUAAAACCGUUAGUCAAUAUUUAGCUGAUUAUAAACAAUGGUUCCCCAAAGACAAUCUUACCAAUUCCUUAAUAGAUUCUUACGAAAGAUUGAAAUUGUAUCCCCAAGAAACAAUCAAGAUCGGGGUAAUUUAUCAUGACGAACAAAUAAAAAGUAAUUGUAGAAUGAUGGAAACUAUCUUGGCUGAUCCUUUAGCUAGUAAUAAUGAAGAAUGGUUUUAUAAGAUAGUCAACAGGAAUAAACAGGACAAUUUAACCUUUGAAUAUGGGACGAGUCCUGAUAUCCAUGAUUCCAUUUACAAGAUUCCAUCACCAAUUUUAUCAUCGUUGACGAGACCUUCAUAUAUGACCCCCAAAACAAAUAUAACACCUAAUGAUGUGAUUCUUUAUGAAAUUAAUGAUUUAUCAUCAUUUGAUAGAUUCAAUCAUUGUCAUUUCUUCAUUUAUAUUACCGAUAAUAUAACCACCAUAAAAAAGUUACCUAGUUCGAUCAAUGAUCGAAUAUUAUUGACAAUAAUUGAUAAUAGUGAUUUCACUCCAACUUCAAGCGAAUCAACACCCAUACCAAUCAAAAACGAUUCUACAGAACGAAUUGUUAAAGUCAAUACAGAAAUAAGUUACAAAGGAAUAGUGGAAUUUUUAAAGUAUGAUACAAAAGCUCUGAAUAAUUAUCUUGAAUCAUUGGUGGAAAGUAACAAUUUUCAAAUCUUGAAAAUCAUAGGCUAUAAUUUACCUGUGGAAACUUUACUCAAUUGGAACUUGAAGAAGAUUGUAGGUAACAUUAAACAACAAGAAAUCAAUUUCAAAGAAUUGGAAGACUUAUAUGAGUUUUUAAAGACAAAUGUCAUCAAUGAAUUCUCAUCUGCCAUGCACUAUGAAUUGCAAAGAAAAUUCAUUCCUAUAACGACUAACUUUUUCAACAAGAAGUUAAGAUGGUACAAAUUAUACUGGAAGAAUGAUGAUGUUGAAUAUGUUGUUAAAGAUUUUUUCAAUUUGAAUUUCAUGCCUGAAAGUAUAGAAAAUUAUAAUGUCACAAGAGGUAAAAUCAUUAAUUAUUUACAAAAUCACCAAUUCGUGAAUUAUAGUGAAAUAAAACCUCAGUCCAAUACCAAUCCUUUAUUAAGAUUGAAAAACGACAUCAUAUCUCGGAGAAUAAAACAAGAAAUUCAACCAAUAGUAUCCAAAAGUAUUCUUUUGGCGUUGAUAUAUUAUCAAUUACCUGUUACUAUAAUCAGUGGACUAGCAUAUCAAUAUUUUGAUUUUACUUUGAAUGGUUCCAUGGCCAUAUUCAGUUUAGGAAUGGUGGUGGGAUUCAAUUACCUCUCAAAGAAAUGGGAAAGUUUUACUAUCAAUUGGCUAAAGAAUCUUUUUGACGAAGUUAGAAUAGUUAUCGACAAAGAUUGUAUUGAAGAUGGACUUAUAAAAGAAUUAGCUGAUAGAUAUGACGAAGAAAGAAAAAUAAUCGAUAUCAAAAAUGACAUAAUAAAGGGAAUAAAUAUAUUAAAUAAAUAA